UUUCUGAUUGGCUGAGAGAGUGACGCUACACGUACGUAGGCGCUUCCUCAACUUGACUACCACAAACAGCGGAAUAGAAGAUGUUGGUCCUGGUGUUAGGUGACCUGCACAUCCCCCACCGGUGCAACACCCUGCCAGCCAAGUUCAAGAAGCUGCUGGUCCCGGGAAAGAUCCAGCACAUCCUAUGCACGGGCAACCUGUGCACCAAGGAGAGCUACGACUACCUGAAGACUCUCGCCGGCGACGUCCACAUAGUCCGAGGAGACUUUGAUGAGAAUCUGAACUACCCAGAACAGAAGGUGGUGACGGUGGGCCAGUUCAAGAUCGGGCUCAUCCAUGGCCACCAGGUGAUCCCAUGGGGGGACAUGGCUAGCUUGGCUCUGCUUCAGAGGCAGCUGGAUGUGGACAUCCUCAUCUCAGGCCACACGCACAAGUUUGAGGCCUUUGAGAACGAGAACAAGUUCUACAUCAACCCAGGGUCCGCGACAGGGGCUUACAACGCACUAGAAAGCAACAUCAUCGCCUCCUUUGUACUCAUGGACAUCCAGGCGUCCACGGUGGUGACGUACGUGUACCAGCUGAUAGGCGACGACGUCAAGGUGGAGCGAAUCGAGUACAAGAAAUCUUAAAAAAAAAAAAGAAAAAGAGAGCGAGCGAGUGAGAAAGGGAGCCGAGGUCGUGUGUUGUUGCAUUCCUUUCCACUAAGAGGCAGUGUUUGCCCUGCAGUCACCACAGCAUUGACACUGACCUGUAUUAUAUUGUUUAUAUUACGUCAUCUACAUUUGCUUGUAAUAGAGUUCUCAUUUGGUAAUUGUAGUUAAAAACAAUGAUGUCACGUGACCCGGCUGUCCAAAUAAACAUUUGGUGCCAUUUCUGUUUGUCUCCUCGUGUGGUCGUAACCAAACGUUCUUUAGCUUCUCAUUCCUUUAUUUCUCACACACAAUAAAUAUGUGAUUUCACUCCAAAAGCUGU